UACUAUUGACAACAUCCAAAGCAAGAAUUAUAUUGUCCAUAUUUGACCGCGAUCUAUCACUUUAAUUUUGCCAGUUAGUUUUUAUUUCUUUAAAGGUUAUACGAAGGGAUUUGCCAUUAGUUCAUUUGAGGUAUUCUAUAGAUUUUACUGCAUUCCGUUGUUUAAGGAUAUCGAGUUGGCUGUAAGAUGAGCACUUCAAAACAGUUGUCUUUUCCAGCAUAUGCCGUAUGCUGGAUGAACAAAAACUUGCUCGCCGUUGGCGGAGGGGGCGGUACUACUAAAUCAGGAAUCAAAAACAAAUUGCAAUUAUUCUUUUAUGAGGAGACGGAGCCCGAAAUUGGUGAAGGUCAUACCAAAAUUGAAUUAGAAAACGAUGUUGAACUUAAUUCAAGUGACGAUGCAGUCAUGUCGCUGGAUUAUUUUCACAAUACCUUAAUUGCAGGGAUCAAUAGCUCGACAGACGGAAACAAAAACAAGCAUUUGAGAGUCUUUGAGAACAAAGAUGGAUCUUCGAAAAAUUAUGAGGAAACACAACGAUUCCAAAUUACCAAAUUCAGUAAUGACGUGCAAUAUCAACGACUAUGUAAAUACGAUUCCCAUCAUUCUGUUAUUUUUGUUUCCUGUACAAACAAAAAGUUUUUUAUAAUCUCCGAGAGUGAUUUCCGUGUCUUGUUUGAAAAAGACGAUUGUACAGUGUAUGAUGUUAUCUUUGGUGAAAAUAAGUUUGCAAUUGCCGCAGAUAACCGAAUAGAAGUUUACGAAUGGAAGUCUUUUCAACUAUUACAGGUUUUGUACAUGCCGAAAGAGAAUGCUACUGUUCGAGGCAUAGGGAUGUUGAAUGAAGAAACUAUUAUCGGGGCCUAUUAUUAUGUUAGAAAUGGUCAACGUUACGCAGGUUUGGUCAAGUUUGACUAUUCUCCUCUGGAACGCUCAUGGGUAUUUGCUACCAUGAAAAUACUGCGAAAUGCAAAAGGAGUGACAAAGUUUUGUAUGGAUCCUUCCAGCGGGAUGAUUAUUGUAGCAACCGCUGAUUGCAAAAUUCGUUUUAUGACUUUGGAUUUGACUACACUUUCUAUCAAUUCUUCUCAUCAUCUUCCUGUUACUGACAUGAGAUUAUCCCCAGACUCGGAGGUCCUUGCCAGCGUUUCCGCCGACGGGCAGUUAUGUUUCCACUAUGCUGGUAAGUAUAAGCAAUUGAGCACAGUAAAGCUAGAAGACCCUGGUUUACUGAUCCGUUUUUCUCUCAUGCUACCCUUUAUAAUUGGUGUUUUCUACUUUUAUUUGCAUCACUUAUUCCCUGGUCGGAAAAUGGAUGCCAUCUAUUCUUUUUUCCAAUUCCUAUUAGAUUUAAUUUCCAAGUACACGGUAAGAAAUUCCUCUAUUUGAAAGAAGAAUUCCCUUGUGCAUCCCCCCAAUUUUGGUCUAUGUAAAAAGUGGCUAUUCUUCGUUCUAGGUAGACAUAUAAUUUAUAUGAAAUUUGUUUUCCAACACUA